CGACAACCCCCAUUCACGUCGAGCUCUCGCGUGUUAAUAGGCACCCCGUUCUUUUUUCUAUUUUCUUAGAAGACAGAGCAAAUUUAUUUGACCCAAACUUCAUUAAUUUCCUUCACCUGGCUUGACAAAGCGUCUUCUCGUCCUUGUCUGAUCCCAACAGCGAUCAUGUCGAACCAGCAGGUGGGCACGGUGUUCGAUCGUGUCAUCCAGGAGGUCUGUGAUGGCUCCCAGGUGGACUUCGAGGAAAGUGGUGUGGACCAGCAAACACUGUUAGAUUUGCGCAAGAGCUGGCAGAAGAAGCUCUCCUCAUUGGGUGUCGCUCACUUCCCUUGGGAUCCGCCGCCGCCGCAAGCCGCUCCCCCUCAGACACAAAAUAUCCUCCCUCCCACCGCAACUGUGCCGUCAAAUGCUCCUCGGCCUGGUCCACCCCCUCAGCCACAGCAUCAUGUUCCUCCUCCCCCUCCUCAACAGCAACCCAUCCCUCAGUCUGUUCCCGCUACGGCACCUCCGCUCCAGGCUCCUGCUCCGGUUGGGGCCGGCCCCAAUGCCAUGGGUCAACAACAACAACCUCACAUCAAGACCGAACCUGGCGUCAACGGUCAGCCUGGGAUGAUGCCGAUGAAUAAUAUGAUGAUGCCAAACUCCUCCAACCCACAGUCUGCUCAAGAACGAGCUGCCAAUAUGCUUCGUCAGCGUUACGGAGCUGCAGCCGCUAACUCAGUCAGUCAGCUGCAAGCACAGUCACAGGCCCAAGCAGCCAUGGCCAUACCUGGCCAGCCGCGCCCCCAACCUAUGCAGCAUGUACCCAACGGGCAGGCUCCACAGAUCAAGCAAGAACCGGGGUACCCCCCUGUGUCUCAACCCCCUGUCGGCAAUACUCAAACGGACGGUGCCGGUGAUGAUGCCUUGUCUGCAUGGAAGGCUGAGGUUGCACGGAGGCGGGAAGCUGCCGAACGCCAGGGAGGAGAAGGUGAUCGUCUUCUUCGUGACCAUCUCAGACAACAGAUGCUACAGUUAGAAGGUGGUGGUCUGAUGCUGCCUCUCGACGAGCAUGACUACUCAUCGAAGACAUCGACUCGUGGGCUGGUGGCUACCCAAGCAGAGCCAGCUGAUGUGUCAGCAGUUGCUGGUUCCUCAUCUCAUCCACCCAAGGUCCUCGGUGCUCAAUUCGACGGCCCAGGUGGUGAUGAUGAAAGGGAUGAGGAUGAUGAGGAUGCCAUCAAUUCUGAUCUUGACGACCCUGACGACCUUGUUGCUGAGGAUCAUGAUGCUGAAGAUGCCGUAGGCCAGGUCAUGCUUUGCACCUAUGACAAGGUUCAACGUGUGAAGAACAAGUGGAAGUGCACCCUCAAAGAUGGUAUCCUGACCACUGGUGGCAAGGAGUACGUCUUCCACAAAGGUCAAGGAGAAUUCGAGUGGUAGAUGUGCGUAAGCAUCAUCCAUUUACUCCGGAUAACUCCUAGAACGUGUAUUCCAUUCUCCAUACCUCUUUCUAUGUUCUACUGGCCUCGUUUAUACUCAGCAUGUAAAAACCCCAGAUCUGACUCAGGAUCCUAUGAGCAACGAAACCCAUAUCUGGUUCCUUUUUCUUCUUCCAACUAUGUCUGGAUGGUCGGUGCAAGCGGAAAUUUGCCUCAAAUGACGAUUUGAUUUUCACGAAGUAAACAAACAACACCGGGAUUUCUGUUUCUUUUUUUCCCUUUUUGUCCUUGAUUAACACUUUUUUUUUAUUUACUUUCCUCAUACUCUUUGCUUCUUCCCCACAUUGGAUGUAUGUGGCGCUUAUGAGGUGGACGGCGGUUCCUUUUCAAGUUCAAGCUGUACUAGAGUAACAUAUCUGAAAUGAAUGAAACAGAUUGUUUUCUUC